CUUUUGUUUAAACUAUUAAGGUUAUGAAUGUAAAGAAUUUUGAGUCUGGGCGUCUAUGCAGAGAAGAGUGACGGAGGGCCGAGGAGGCUAAGAAAAGAGAUAUUUCCUGUUUACUUCGCUCACCAUGGCCAACACAUCCGCUUUACAGAAAGCAAUAGACUUGGUGACAAAGGCAACAGAGGAGGACAAGGGGAAGAACUAUGCUGAGGCGCUGCGGCUGUACGAGUCUGCUGUGGAGUACUUCUUGCACGCCAUGAAGUACGAGGUGCCGAACGAGAGGGCAAAGGAGAGCAUCAGAGCAAAAUGUAAGCAGUACCUGGACCGCGCCGAGAAGCUGAAGGAAUACAUCGAGAAGAACAAGGACAAAAAGAAACCUAUGAAAGCCGGUGCUGGCAAUGCUGGGAAGAAGGGUGGAGGGGGAAGCAAGGACUCAGACUCCGAUGACGAGGAUCCCACUAAGAAGAAGAUGGAGGCCAAGAUGGAGGGGGCGAUAGUAGCGGAGAAGCCCAAUGUUCGAUGGGAAGACGUGGCAGGGCUUGAAGGGGCCAAGAGUGCGCUGAAGGAGGCUGUUAUUCUGCCCAUUAAGUUCCCUCACAUGUUUACCGGCAAGAGGCAGGCGUGGAGGGGUAUCCUGCUCUUUGGCCCCCCAGGUACAGGUAAGACCUACUUAGCAAAGGCCGUGGCUACUGAGGCGAACAACUCAACCUUCUUCAGCGUGUCCUCGGCCGACUUGGUGUCGAAGUGGAUGGGAGAGUCGGAGCAGCAUGUCAAAGCUCUCUUCUCCAUGGCCCGCGAACACAAACCUUCUAUAAUCUUCAUUGACGAGGUGGACUCUCUCUGUUCCUCCCGGUCAGAGCAGGAGUCCGAGUCUGCCAGAAGGAUUAAGACCGAGUUCCUGGUGCAGAUGCAAGGGGUUGGCAACCAGAAUGACGGGGUGCUGGUGCUGGGAGCCACAAACAUCCCGUGGGUGCUGGACUCGGCCAUCAGGAGGAGGUUUGAGAAGCGUAUUUAUAUCCCCCUGCCCGAGUCCAACGCCAGGACCAACAUGUUCAAACUCAACCUGGGGGACACACCACACAGCCUCACCGACGAGGACUUCAGGGUGCUGGGAUCCAAGACUGACGGGUACUCAGGAGCAGACAUCAGCAUUGUGGUGAGGGAUGCGUUGAUGCAGCCGGUGCGCAAGGUACAGACGGCCACACACUUCAAGUACGUGCGGGGACCCUCCAGGGAUGACCUCAACGUGAUUGUGGAUGACCUGCUCACCCCGUGCUCCCCCGGCGAGGCAGGAGCCAUGGAAAUGACUUGGGAGCAGGUUCCGAGCAACAGACUGUUUGAGCCGGUGGUUUCCAUGCGGGAUGUGAUGCGCUCGCUGGCAGACUCCAAGCCUUCGGUGAAUGACGAGGACCUGGACAAGCUACGCAAAUUCACGGAGGACUUUGGGCAGGAGGGCUAAGGACAGAGAGGAGGAGGUCACAUCAUGCUAAGCUGUUUGUUUGACCUGCACACUGCAUGAAUUGUCCACCAACCAUCACACACACACACACACACACACACACACACAUAGUUUCAAUGUAUACAGACAAAACCUGGAAAUUGAAAGAAGAAACAUUAUAAUUUGUAGUAAAAAAACAGGACAAAACAAGCUUGACUUAAUCCUGUUACAAUGCAAAAUACACACACAGACACACACACACACACAAAUAUAAAGACAAAAAACACCAUAUUUUGCAGUGAAACAGAACAAAACAAGCUUGGGUUAUUCCUGUUACAAUGCAAAAACACACACACACACACACACACUGGUGGCGAUGUACUGAAAUGACGUGAGCUGUGUUGUGAGGCCUGUGCAGUGAGGUAUCAUCUAGAGGCCUUGGCUGAAGCUCCCUUCUAUAGCCUGGACACUUGGCUGAUAGGGGGACAGAGCCUCAGUCUCGGUCCAGAGUCCUCAUCAUCGUCAUCAUCAUUGACUUCUUCAUCACUGCACCUCAGCCUCACACGCCACUUCAACCUUUCCUCCUUCAGCCACUUCUUCAGUAUUACUCUUGGUCUUCUGCCUGUCAUGUACUGCCUCGUUUCUCCGACAAGAUUAACCUCAUUGCUGAUUUUUUUGAAAGCCUCACUGACUUUAUUAUAUUUUCUUCAUCUCCUGUGAUCAUGCUGCCCGUUGCUUCUGUUAGCGUCCAUUGUAGAGCGGAGGGAAGGACUGGGAAUGGUGUAGAGGGAGAUAAGGAUGUAACAGAGGGCUUGAUUGGUUGGUUUGAAAAGGGAUACUUCCUGUUAUCUGACACUGAAAGGAGGGAGGGAAGAAAGGAUUGAGAAUAAGGGUUAAGGUAGGAAGGAAGAGAAAAAAAAGAGAGGAAAGGUGAAGAAAGGAAAGUUUGAGACUAAGCAUGGAGAAAGAAAGGAAGGAUAGAAAAUAAGGGUGAAGAAAGGAAGAGAGAGGAAAGACAGAUAGAUGUAAAGGAAGGAAGGAAGGAAGAGGAAGGACAUCAUAAAGGUGAAGAAAGGAAGGAAAGUAGGAAAUAAAAAGGGAGAGUUUGGUUGAUGGAGGAGAAUGAAAGAAGAAAAGGAAGGAAGGAAGAAUGGAUGUAAGAAGAGAAGGGAGAAGAGAGAUAGGAAUAAUGUUGAAAAUGAAGGAAAAUACAAAAAAAGAAGGAAAGGAAGGAAUAAGCAAUGUAGGAAAAGAGCAAAGAUACAAAUAAAUACAAAUGAAGGAAAAAAAGAAGAGAAAAAGUAAGAGGAAGGAAAGAAACAAAGGGAUAUAGAAAACGAGGAAAAUAGGACGAAAAAAUUAUAUAGUGGAGAUGAAAGAAGGUUUACGUAACACGAGGAAAGCAGGAAGACUCUGCAAACGAUAUAGAACAAGACUAAACAAUAACACAAAACAAAAACAAGCAACGAAAUACACUGGAGAAACACUUAGGCUUGUAUUGUACUUACUUUCACACUUAGAGGCAGGGAACAGUCACCAAACCUCACCAAACCUUUAAUAAACCUCACUAAAUGAUGCAUAACAUGGUACAAGAAGGGAGUCCCAUAUUUGUUUGCUCUAGAGGACGGUGAGGACAGGGCUGUGGUGAAUGCUGGUGUGGAUUACAAGAAGAGGCGGAUAAUCAUAGUUUGGUGGAUGAGAAAAAGGGAUUUGCAAGGAAUAGGAAGAUGAAAUUUCACAGCAUCUAGGUCUAUCUGGGCUUGCUAUGCUAACCUAACCACAGCAUUAUCUUCUGAAGUUGCUGUGACUAAUGUAAUCACAUCUUCUAGGCUUCUCUGGCCUUGGUAUGACUAAUAUAACAGCAAUACCAUCAUCUAACUUUGCUGUGACUGAAAUAAACAGCAUUGCUAUCACCUAACCUUGCUGUGCUGCUAUAAAACACAACAUUACCACCUUCUAACCAUGCUGUGACUAAACCACAGCAUUACCACCUGGUCCUGCUGUGACUAACUUAAACAGCAUUACUCCCUGGCCUCGCUGUGACUAACCUAAACAGCAUUACCCCCUGGCCUCGCUGUGACUAACCUAACCACAUCAUAACCAUCAUCAAACCUCGCUGUGACAACCUAACACAGCAUCCACUCAUCGUGCUGUGGUCACAAACAUCACAGCACUUCCUAACUCUCCUUUCUCAAGUCGGAUACUAAAAAAAACCCUUAUUCACGGCCAUUACAUAAGAGAUAUAUAUACCAUUGGGUUGAUUCAUUGAUUGGGUGUGGGUGUCGCUGUGGGUGUGGAUGCUCUGCUGUCGUGGGAACCUGUGGAGACCUGUGGGAACCUAUGGGAUCCUGUGGGGAGCUGUGGGGAACCUAUACCUUGGGGUGGAUAGGUUUGGAUCAUCUUUCAUACAUACAUACAUACAUACAGUGUCUUGUUGAGCCAUGGCCUUCGUACUAAGAGAAAAUAAUAGCUAAUGCAUGUAGUAUAUUUUAUUUAUUUUGUUGUCCCUUGUUCAUUUAUUUUUUUUUUAUAUUUUCUAUCGAUGCAUCUAUAUUUUUGUGAACUGAGCGUAUUCAUUGAUUAUUGUUGAUGAUCUUUCCAUCUCUCUCUCUCUCUUUCUCUCUCUCUCUCUUUGUGUCUCUCUCUCUGUCCGUGUGUGGUGAUGUUAGAGCGUGUGUUGGCGGCUCAUCACUCGUAUACUCUGAUGCAUACAUACAUACAUACAUAUUUACGUAUCUUAUUCGUUCACGUAAUUCGUAGCGUUUCAUUCUGCCCGCCGCCAUGUUUAUAAAGUAGUGCUGGAAAUAUAAGAGAAAAGAAUUGUUUCUAUAAUAAAGGCAUAAACUAUU